CACUAGAUCACCCACGCACUGCCUCUCUGCUACGCUUCUUCUCUUGAGGCCUUUUCUGCACGGGGACGUGCAUGGUGCCACUUUCCUUGCACCAGAUAGCACGCAACUCCGCAACAAUGAAGACAUCUCAAUCGCUACAGAGCUGUGCACGUUGUGCUUUGUCCCCCGGCAGAUCAUCACCACGCCUCUUCAUCUCCUCGAGCUACCCGAGGUCACCCCUUCAAGAUGCCAUCCAGCCUACACUGCGAAGACACGCGAGACAGCUCUGCUCCACGGCUCCCCGAUCCCAGGACCGGGCUCCGCCUUCCUCGAACUCGAGACCUUCCAGGAAGCCCAACAACACCUCCGCUCCCAACACGAUGAGGAACCAACUGAUGGACCUGAUCCGCGAGACCCGCGCGCCGGAGCCCAAGAGGAAAGAGACCGUCGCCUCCCGCUGGGACCAGCUGCUGGGCACCGCGCGGAACCAGAACGCCGCGGCCCAGCGGUCCUCCUCGACACCGGGCAACAACGGCGCCCCGACCUCGACCUCGACCUCGACGCUCCUGUCCGACCUGCACGACGACAUCUACUCGUCGUCGGCGCUGCCGCCGAUCGCGCUGCGCCUGCGCCCGACGCUGGGCCGCACCGUGGACGGCAUCUACGGCGACCCGACGCGCGGCUUCCGCCUGCUCGAGCGCAAGUGCCACGACAACAGCGUCAAGGCCGACAUGCGGAGCCAGGAGAAGCACGUCCGCCGCGGCCAGCGGAGGAAGAACGUCCGCAUCCUGCGCUGGCGCCGGCUGUUCAUGGAAGGGUUCCGGAGCGAGUUGGCCACGAUCCGGAAGAUGAGGAAGCAGGGAUGGUGAAGGGAGGAACAACUCCCCCCCCCUUCCCCAAAAUUUUACAUAGACCCUGGGAAAGAAAGGCGCGCGGAAUCACAUAAAUUUUGGUCGGGAUGCGGCUGCGGAGGAGAAGGAGGAAAAGUUCCAUUACUGUGGCAUGUGUCGGAACACGCACGCAGGGCUCCGGUUGUAUUAUCAUCGAAUGCAUCACUUGCAAGGAAAUCGUGGCCACUUUCGAGUCUUGGAACAACAACAGUGGGGGGCAUCUGUCUCCCCCUCCCCCCUGCCCUUCCGGUGUCUCUUGAGUCUCCUACACAUGUUGAUCUACAAGAAAACCCGGCUUUUGAGGAGGGUGGUGCAGCUCUUUUGGCCCCGUUUGGCCCGUUUGAUCCGGGAUCGGGCAACAUGGAAUCUUUUGUGAAGCUGCUGUGGACAAUCCGCGUCGCACGUUGCGCAGACAGACAGUUAGUUGAUUGACUGCCCGCCUACCGAUCUGCGUGGGAACCAAACUGCAUGAUUGCGCGCUGUAUCUUUGCAAGACUAGAGAAAACCCGAAUACAAAAAGAUGC